UCUUUGCCUCUCUUCCUUUCUCAUUCGUUGGCGUCUCUGUCUGUCUCCGUCCCUUGGUCGCCGUCGUCAUUCCUCUGUUAAUUUCCUCAUUUUGGGUUUUGGGUGUGAGUUUUUUAUUUCCAUCACCUGUUGAAUUAGUUUUUGGGUUAGUGUAUUUCUUCAUUCUACUGAUUAUGGAUUGAAGUUAGUUUCCCCAUAUUUUCCCAGCAUUUUUUGAUUUAAUUUUUGGGUUUUAGUUAAUUUAUUCAUUCUACUGAUUAUGGUCGAAUUAACUUUCCCCAUAUAGUUAGGAGUAGCUCUAUGGAUUGAAGUUUUGUGUUUGGUUUCCAAAUUGCACAUUUGUUUCAGAUUUUGUGUUUGAGCCUUCUUUUAGGUUUACACUUUUCCCUUUUCACCCCUUUAUUUUUUCAAUUUUACUGGUCAGUGCUCGACUUUUCCUCUCCUAAAACGUCGUUCCAAAAGUCCGUGACCGUCUGGAGUUGGGCGUAUCGUCGCCUCCCUGCUUGGGCGGUGGCGUCGUCGCCGCCGCCAUUGGAGCCUCGGCUCUGUGGACUGUGGAGGAAGGAACCAGGGGACGACAACUCUGAGUAGUGAGGUCAUAGUGCAAGACCAAGGAGGUUGACCCGCGAAGGUUCACCAGGAAGUGCAAGAGGACCAAGGAGAUCUUUAGGGAUUACGUUGGGAGCCAAAGCUCGCUCAAUAUCUGUUUCCUCCAAUUAGCCAAAGCUCGCACAGAGAAUUGACAAUGGCAGCAUCGUUUAGGUGGAUACUGCAACUUCACAAGGAUGUGCCAAAGGCAGCUCAGUUCUACUCCCAAGGACUGGACUUUACUGUCAAUGUGUGUACUCAUCGUUGGGCUGAGCUUCAAUCCGGUCCCCUCAAACUUGCACUCAUGCAAUCCCCCAAUGAUCAUGUUGUGCAGAAGGGAUAUUCCUCACUUCUAUCUUUCACAGUAACAGACAUCAACACCGCAGUGACAAGAUUAAUGGCAUUGGGGGCUGAACUAGAUGGUCCCAUUAAAUAUAAAAUUCACGGAAAGGUUGCGGCAAUGCGCUGUGUCGAUGGGCAUGUCUUGGGCCUAUAUGAACCUGCGUAGUAGCUCCAGAAACAAGUCUCUUGUACCCAACCUGUAACUUGCCACAAGUUUUUGUUGUAGCAACUUGCAAUUUUUUGAAGACAUGUCAAAAAUGAGAGAGUUACCCUUUCUGCAGAUUCCCUUGAAUAAUCGAUAGAGGCUGUUCAUCCAUGUCUACUGCAGCCGUGCAUUAAUUUUAGGAUACAAAAUAUAAAUAAAAAUGUGAAUUUUUGACCCCCCGGCGCGUGCCGGGGGGCUUUU